CCAGUGUCUGAAAACCGGCCUGGCAGUCCGUGGCAGAAGGUGUCACCCAGCCCGCGGCAGGCUGGGCGGAGCUUCGGAGGGGAGGCGUCGAGCUGCGCUUCCGGCGGGCGGCGCUGGGGCCGUGCGGAGUCCUGCCCCGCCGCCCCUCGAGCGCCCCCGACUUCGCCUCUGGCCGGAACCUGCGCCCCGAACCAGGAAGCACCUGGCGGCGGGCGCGGGAUGGCUGGGCCCGGCUGGGGUCUUCCUCGGCUGGACGGUUUCAUCCUUACCGAGCGCCUGGGCAGUGGCACGUACGCCACCGUGUACAAGGCCUACGCCAAGAAGGAUACUCGGGAGGUGGUAGCCGUAAAAUGCGUGGCCAAGAAAAGUCUCAACAAGGCAUCUGUGGAAAACCUCCUGACUGAGAUUGAGAUCCUCAAGGGCAUCCGGCACCCCCACAUUGUGCAGCUGAAAGACUUCCAGUGGGACAAUGACAAUAUCUACCUCAUCAUGGAGUUCUGCGCAGGGGGUGACCUCUCUCGCUUCAUCCACACCCGCAGGAUCCUACCUGAGAAGGUGGCUCGUGUUUUCAUGCAACAGCUGGCUAGUGCCCUGAAGUUCCUGCAUGAACGAAACAUCUCCCAUCUGGAUCUGAAGCCCCAGAACAUUCUGCUGAGCUCUUUGGAGAAGCCCCAUCUGAAACUGGCAGACUUUGGCUUUGCACAGCACAUGUCCCCACGAGACGAGAAGCAUGUGCUGCGUGGCUCCCCACUCUACAUGGCUCCUGAGAUGGUGUGUCAGCGGCAGUAUGAUGCUCGUGUGGACCUCUGGUCUGUGGGGGUCAUCCUGUAUGCCUCCCCUCUGCCUUUUUCCACAGAAGCCCUCUUUGGACAGCCUCCUUUUGCCUCCAGAUCGUUCUCAGAGCUAGAAGAAAAGAUUCGCAGCAAUCGGGUUAUUGAGCUCCCCCUUCGGCCCCAACUCUCCCUAGACUGCCGUGACCUGCUGCAGCGACUUCUAGAACGGGAUCCCAGCCGUCGGAUCUCCUUCAAGGACUUCUUUGCCCACCCCUGGGUGGACCUGGAGCACAUGCCCAGUGGGGAGAGCCUGGCGCGGGCAACAGCCCUUGUGGUGGAGGCUGUGAAGAAGGAUCAGGAAGGGGAUGCUGCCACAGCGCUGUCACUCUACUGCAAGGCUCUGGACUUCUUUGUACCUGCCCUGCACUACGAAGUGGAUGCCCAGCGGAAGGAGGCCAUUAAGGCCAAGGUGGGGCAGUAUGUGUCCCGGGCAGAGGAGCUCAAAGCCAUCGUCUCCUCCUCCAACCAGGCCCUGCUAAGGCAGGGCACAUCUGUCCAAGGCCUGCUGCGAGAGAUGGCCCGUGACAAGCCUCGCCUCCUUGCUGCCCUGGAAGUGGCCUCAGCUGCCAUGGCCAAGGAGGAAGCUGGCAAGGAGCAGGAUGCCCUUGACCUGUACCAGCACAGCCUCGGGGAGCUGCUACUGCUGUUGGCAGCAGAAGCCCAGGGCCGAAGGCGGGAGCUCCUUCACACUGAGGUUCAGAACCUCAUGGCUCGAGCUGAAUACCUGAAAGAGCAGAUCAAGAUAAGGGAAUCUCACUGGGAUGCAGCGACUCUGGACAAAGAGGGACUGUCGGAGUCUGUCCGUAGCUCUUGCACACUACAAUGACACCAGAAGGACUAGUGGAUGGGACACAAGCCUGAGAGAAGCCGUUUACCAGCCCAGGUUCACACCCGUGCACCUGAGGCCUCCCUGGAUGAACACCUCCAAGAUGCCCUCAUCCUAGUUCCCAGUGUUCAUCUGAGCGCUCUCCACCCCUGGGGAUCUGGUGGCCAGGUGUACUGAACUCUGGGAGGAUUACCUUAAUAUGACAUUGUUAUUAGGUGAUGUUGGCCUCAAGAUAUCAUCACACUGUAUUCUGCUCUGCAAAGAGGACAUCAUGCCUCUUGAGGGCACCUCUCUUCUUUCCUUGCUACCGGGCAGCUGCUGUACCUGGGCCAACCCUUCCUGGGAACCUUUUUUCUAGCCCUGCUCCCUUCUUGCACUGGAAUAGGACCCUCCAGUACCCCUCAGGGACUACCUACCCUACAGAAUGCAAUCAGCCCUGCAGAACUCUCCAGUCUUUCCGGGAGCACACGCCUGCCGUCCUUUUCAGUACUUUAAGACAAUCCUUGAUGCAUGAAAGUCAUGUCCGUUGUAGAGAUGGGGUACAUGUGAGAAUUCCAGGACUAUCCCUGACUUGGCAUAGAGGAGGGGAUCCUCAGGGGGAACAUGCCACCUUAGCUGUAUAGUGGGUCCUGUGAUAGAGCGGGGGGUUGACUGGGCCAGGGUCUUCUCUUUUGUCCUGUUAAGCCAUGGAUACCUCCACAGUUUAUAGUUUAUGUGAGCUGGAGAUGAAUUUACAUACCUGGAAUUAUUGAAGGGUUUCUUUUUAUUGCCCCCCCCAAUCAUCUUGUUUCAAAUUUUUGUGUUGAAGGCUGAUUUUGAAUAAGGAACAGGGGAGCUGUUCUGCAUCAAAUAACCCCAAAUCACAAGCAGUGAGAGUUUCUUUUUUUAUUUGUGUGGGGGGAGUAGGGGUUAUUUCUAAAGUCAGAAUGUUGGUGAUUUCUAAUCAUCCUGCCCUUAACUGCCUCCGUAGGGCAAAGUGGAGCAUCCUCCUUGCCAGAGGCUGGGUGUAUGUAAAGAAUGCAGUUCGUUGUUUCUCUAUUAAAUUAUUU